ACGCUCGAUGCGAAGCAGCGCGUGCUUUCACGCGCGGAAAGCAGGAAGCGGUGUGUGUACCAGGACACGACACGGUUGGUCCUGGACCCGGUGGUGUCCACGCGGUCCUGCCGGCUUUCGAGGUAUCGUCGCGUCGACAGGACUGGACAGCCGUGGAUCGUGCAUGGCCCCGUGGACCAGGAAACAACGCUGCUGGUAGUAGUCGUCUACAGAGAGGAACGAACACGUCCGAAAAGUAGUCGCGGACCGUACAUCGUCGACCACGCGGCACACGUGAGCGGAACGAAGACGAACCGCUACCGAGCGCGACCGAACGCCAACGAGUCGCCACGAUCGUCUCUCUCGGGGUAUCCUGGCUCACCGCUGAUUGGCCGAAACCUCGAGGAAGUGGUCACCGUCGACGAGGGCUCGGACCACAUCGCCACGUGAGUUCAGCGCCGUAUCGCGAACCAGGUUAUCGCGCGCGCCUUUUCACCCGAUCCUGCAGCUGCAUUUUGCCGAGCACCCACCAACGUCAGCUUUCCGAGUUCAGACAACAGGAUCGCUUCGAACGAUCGCUUCGAGUCGACUUUGCCGCGGUGUUCACGAAUCGACAUCGCGCACGACGAUUACCUACGCAAUUGUUUCUCCUUCUAACAUCGCGAAUUAGUGGUCUUCGCUGACCACAAUCGGGAGUAUCGUAUGUCUAUGAAAAUCAAAUGACGAUGUUGUCCCGGUUGAUCGGACGGUGUUUAAACGAAACUCGUAGAAAUCGAGUGACAAGUGAAUAGAACGAGACACUGGAUCGUUUCGAAUGCACUGGCUGUAGAACAGGCGUACGACGAGAUCCUUAAAAACCGGAACGUCAACCAUAAUACCAGGUCUGCUCGGCCCUGAACCGGAAUCGAUCUACGUCAUCGUAGUCAUCACGUGGUGAUCCUGACCUAGGCCAAUGUCUUUACCCCAUAUGACGUUGCGCCUUUCAGUCGGUGUCAUCUAGACACGCAGAUCCUACUUCCCUUCUAAAUAUAAAAGCAUGCUCGACUCGUGGGCGAAAGUCUUCGAGCAUGGAAACGACGAAUAAUCCGCGGAGCCCCGUUGACGAGCGGCAAGGGUCAUCGGACCAAUCUCCGAUUUCAUCUUUUUCGCGAAGUUGAAUCAUACGCGUCGAAUUUAACGUCGUAAUUCGUGACGUACUACUGUCUUCUAUCGACACAAAGGAGAAAGUUGGUGUCUUCGAGUGUUAUAAAUAGAAGUGAACAGUGAAUAAAACUUGCCGGUCAAGGAAAAUCUCUUUUCCCUCGAAUCUUUGGCCGUUGAUCGCUCAAGAUUUCUGCGGCGAAACUAUUAUUCCCAAAUUUUAACGCGAUCCACGGAGUUCGAUGACAUUGUGUACAAAGAGUGUAUACUAUUGUUUCGCUGGUUCCUUUUCUAUUGUCAUUUUUACAUUUUCUCGAAGCAUAAAUAUGGUAAAUGUUAUGUAACGAGCAGGCAGUGAAACUUGUAGAUUAAUUCCGUGGUUGUUUACGGUUUAACGGUAACGAUAUUAUAAGAAAAAGCUGUUUAUCGGUCAACGAGAACUACGUAAUUCACCGAGAGUCGAUGAUAGAGAUCCUUUUCUUUCUACUUUAGAUGCCUCGCGCGUCUAGUGUGUUUAAUGACAGUUGUAUCUGGUAACGGUACGUGUUUAUAUUAGUCGUGUCGAGGAAGAGAUCAACGAACUAAAUGGUGCGUCGUGAACGAGUCGAAGGGUAAACUCGAAAGGAAUUACAUCGCACAAGGUACACCUCGGAUAGGUUAAUCGAGAGAUUGUCAACGAUGAUUUACUCCGGUUGAGGACGGAUGAUUAGGUGAUUCAGCCUGGGGAAUCAACAAAAAAGUUACAAUCUCGUGCAUAUUCCAGAAGACUAAUCACAGACCUAUCGACCCACCUUCGCUCAGCAGGAAAUUGUUCUUCCUGAUAUUAACAAAAUUUCUACCUUCCACUCGGAAACGAAGAUCUUCCUCUUUGGCCUGGAUAUAAGGGAGCGGAAGGAGCGUAGAUGAGUUCUACUGUCUGCGUCCUCGGUGGAAGCGUUAGUGGGAUAUUAAGGCUGCUUUCGAUUCUUAAAUGGAAGGCUUACAGGGCGAGCUGAACGAUCUACAACACAAGAAGGAACCUCUACUUCUAUGCUGGCGAACUUAUCUGUUUCAGGUCAUGCAAGCGAAAACGGCCCACUUCAAUACCAAAUUUAAAGUUUCUACUUUCCGUUAAACCAGCAACGCUACUGACCAAAGGUACGACCUGGGGUUGUGUCGGGGUAGCUAGCAAAGAAGCAUCUGUCGGCGGUGGAGAACAAACUACGACGGGUAGAGAGAGAACGAAGGGGGUGGGGAGUGCGACAUACGGUAGGAGAAGAAGAAGAAGAGGAAGUCGAGAGAGUGUAGGCGCAGGCGCCGUAGGUGAUGUGAGGCUGGCGCCCGCCUCACGUUUGGGGUGAUGCCCUCCAGUGAGCCUCAUCCCCCCCAGUACCACCUUCAGCACCACAACAUUCCUCCCUCGCAUCUUCAACAACACACGUCGACCGCGAUCGGGCAACAUCAGCUCUACCAGCAGCUGGUGGCGGCCCAUCAACAGCAACAACAGCACCAGCAACAGCAGCAGCAGCAACAGAGACAGCAGCAACACGGCGGGCCCUUCCAAAAUUCCACGUACACGCAGCAAAAGCAGGAGAUGAGCCCGGAGGAGGAGGGGGGUCGAGGGGGCGGGUCCCCCCCGGCAGCAGGGGCUGCGUUACAUCAGCCCCAUCACCCCCGGACAGCCAGUCCACCCUCGGGCACAGAACCCUGCACCCGCGAUGCCAUACCGACGCCUACACCGAUCGCGGAUACUACAACAACCACCACCACAACCACUAUGACCAUGCAGUCGCAGGGCCAACAACAGCAACAGCAAGAACAACAAGGUCCAAGCCCUAGCCCGAGUCCAACGGGUGGUGAUGUGGAGAGGUUUGACGGGAAGAUCGUCUACAAUCCGGACGGUUCGGCGUAUAUUAUCGAGGGAGAGAGUGAACUCAGCGAGGAUGAUUCGUUACCUGACGGUUGCAUCGUAGAUGGGCGCGGUGUUUCGGUUCCUCAUUCGUUGGUAUUUCCCCAAAUCGCGAGCGCGUACUACGUUUCGAGACUGUACGCGCAUCAGGCGUAUCAGCAACAACAGCAGCAGCAACAACAACGUUCGGUGGCGCAGCAGCACAAUCCCGAUCUUCCUGUGAUGCACAGCUAUCGGGUGAUAAGUUACAGAAGCGCGGAGGGUAGCAAACAACCACCCCCUCCUCCGGCGGCACCACCACCUCCAGCAGCCUCGGUCCCCGUCAAACCUAUUCUAAUGUGUUUCAUAUGCAAGCUCAGUUUCGGCUACGCGAAGAGUUUCGUGGCACACGCUCAGGGUGAACAUCAGCUUACCUUGAUGGAAGACGAGCGACAGGUACUAUCCCAUUCAACCGCGUCAGCGAUCAUUCAAGCCGUGGGCAGAGGCAAGCAACCGUUGGUCAGCUUUCUCGAACCAGUGACGAGUUCCACUUGCCCGCAACCAUCGCCCGCGCAGAUGCAGAACCAACAACAGCAGCAGCGUACCGAGUCCACCGAUCACGAAACACCAACCACGACCAGUACGCCUGCCAGCACUCCCGGUGUACCGAGCAGUCCCCAGCAACAACAACAACAACAGCAACCUCAGAGGCCGUCACCUAGCACACCCACCACUCCCACUUCCCAUUCGAAUCAUCCUCUCGCGUACAAUCAUCAACAAACGCAGCAGCAUCAGUGGACCGGCGCCCAGGUGAGCGCCGCUUCCUGGGCCAAAGCACCUGACGCUUCCGGCAUACACUACACGUCACCACCACCACCUGCUUCGUCGACGAAAGGCUCACCAUCAUCGUACGCCGCGCUGACCCAGCAACCACCGAAUUUCCUCACAGGCACGACCAUCGGUGUUUGCCCCGAGCACAUGCAAGGAAGACCGAGCGGCGUCGAAUGUCCUAAAUGCGAACUGAUUCUAACCAGCAGCAGAUUGGCGGGUCCAGGCGGACCCCUGGCUGGAAUUCACAGUAGAAACUCGUGCAAAACGCUCAAGUGUCCGAAAUGCAAUUGGCACUACAAGUACCAAGAAACUUUGGAGAUCCACAUGAAGGAGAAGCAUCCCGAAAGUGAAACCUCCUGCAUCUACUGCAUCGCCGGACAACCGCACCCUAGGUUAGCACGUGGCGAGACUUACACUUGCGGUUAUAAGCCCUACAGAUGCGAAGUGUGCAACUAUUCUACCACGACCAAGGGCAAUCUCAGUAUUCACAUGCAGAGCGACAAACAUUUGAAUAACAUGCAGGAAUUGCAGCAGGGCGGCGGCGGUGGCUCGGCAGCGAACAAUCCAUCGUCAUCGCAGGACGCACCGAUGCCAACGAGAAGCCCGCACCACCAACAGAACCACAGUCCGCACAUCGCUGGUCAGGCCGGGAACCAAGGGAAACCGAAGCCAACAUUUCGCUGUGACGUCUGUAACUACGAAACGAAUGUCGCCCGGAACCUAAGGAUACACAUGACUAGCGAGAAACAUACGCACAAUAUGCUGGUCCUGCAACAGAACGUGAAGCACAUGCAGACCCUGUCCGUGCUCCAGUCCCACCACCAACAGACACAACAUCACCAUCAACAAGCGCAACAUCAACAGCAGAUCGAGCAGCUACUUCAUUUGGGUAGCCUGGAUAAGCCUCAGCACGCGGAGGCGGCUCUCGCGGACAUGGCUUACAAUCAGGCUUUGCUGAUCCAGAUGAUGACGGGUGGUCAAUUGCCACCGCAGCUUCCACCAGAAGUUAUAGGCAUGGCUAGUAUGGGAGCCAUGGGUAACCUCGGUGGUGACGUUGGUUUGUCACCAGACAGCAUGGAUCCACCGCCCGAACCGGCUGAUCCUGAUCCUUCUCAUCUGUAUCAUUGCUGCGUGUGCAACAAUUUCGCCACCGAUUCCUUGGAAGCUCUUGGCCACCAUUUAGCAGUGGACAGAACGAGGACACGAGAGGGAGAAAUCCUCGCGCUCGUAGCUGGCCACUUCGUUUGCAAACUUUGUUCCUACAAAACCAACCUGAAGGCUAACUUUCAAUUGCACUGCAAGACAGACAAGCAUCUCCAACGUUUGCAGCAUGUAAACCAUGUGAAAGAGGGCGGGCUUCGAAACGAGUGGAAGUUGAAGUACCUGGCCUCGCCCACGAGCGCCGCGCAAUUACGUUGUCACGCGUGCGACUAUUACACGAACAGCGCUCACAAAUUGGCCCUGCAUGCCGCGUCACCCAGGCACGAGGCUGCAGCCCUACUUCUUCGUCACCUGCUCGAGGCCAGUGCCAACUUACCAUCCCAAGCGAAGUUGUACCACUGCGCUUUGUGUGGCUUCAGCGCGAGACACAGAUUGCCUCUGUUGCAACAUGUUCGAUCACUCAGACAUCUUCAAAUGGAGCAGUUGCAUCAACUUCACAGACGAAGCGGUAUUCAAGGGAACGAGACACCGCACACUGAUAUCGGGGAUGUUUUCCAAGUUAUGAGCGACCCGGAUGCUCCACCUACGCAACAGCCCAGUCCCACGAUGCCAACCACACCGAAUGCUACCAGUGCCAACAAUGAACGACGAGAGGAAGGUAGCGACUGCGGUAGCGAGGUGAAGCAGGAGCCGGAUAACGAUCAGGAGCCGGAACAAGAGCCGGAGAACGAGCACGAGGAAGUCACCUGCCCGUAUUGCACUUAUCAGCCGACGUCGCGCGAAGAAUUGAGGCAACAUCUGCAAGUGGCUCAUGUCCAGGAUGCCGAGGACAAAGCGGAGGCCGUAAAGGAAGAGCCGCCGCCGGAAUUGUUGUGCCCGCUGUGCCAGGAUGGUUUCAAAGAGCGUUCCGCGCUCGAGAAGCACGUGAUGCAAAUACACUCGGUUAACGCGGACGGCUUACAACGACUGCUGUUACUGGUGGACCAGAGCCAUUGGCUGAACAACAAUCCGCGAAACACUUCGACUCCAGCCGUAACUAUGCCGACUUCGCCGACUACCACCACGAAACAGCCGCAAGAGGAGGAUUUGAGCGAACGUGGUGCCAACGAGGAGAUCGAGGAGCUCACCAGAUGCACCGUCUGCGGACGCGUGUGCCGCUCGUUGGAGGAACUACAGCAACAUCACAGGGAGACUCAUCCAGCCACCACACCCACGCUGGCCGUCAGUGAGAAACAUGUUUACAAGUAUCGAUGCGGACAGUGUAGUCUCGCGUUCAAGACUCUGGAAAAGCUGCAACAGCACUCGCAGUAUCACGCGAUCCGGGAUGCGACAAAAUGCGCCCUCUGUGGACGAUCGUUUCGCUCGGUCCAGGCUCUCCAAAGACACCUGGAGUCUGCUCACGCGGAUCUACAUGAAGACGAACUCGCGCAGUACAAGCAGAGCCUGCUGCACGCUCAUCCGUUGCUUCAAGCUCUCACGGAGGAGGCUCUUCGCAGACAGGGGAAUUUGGUUGGAGAACAGAACAUUGAAGAUGAUGCCAGCAAGGCGGAGGAGGAAGAGAGUGACGCGAGCGACUCGUCACCAUUUCACAAGGAGCAACGUCUUUUAGAAGAUUAUUUGAAUAGUCAAACAGUGGCCGAGGACUCGUAUCACGAUCCGGGGAGAAAGUUCAAGUGUCAUCGCUGUAAAGUCGCGUUUACCAGACAGAGUUACUUGACUGGGCACAACAAAACGCUGUUGCACCGCAAAGGGGAAAAGAUGUCCUAUCCCAUGGAGAAGUAUCUGGAUCCUAAUAGACCGUAUAAGUGCGAUGUUUGCAAGGAGAGUUUUACUCAGAAGAAUAUUCUGUUAGUUCAUUACAACAGCGUGAGCCAUCUACAUAAGUUGAAGAGAGCGAUGCAAGAGCAGGGUAACAACAACACGCUGAUCUCUGUGGUACCGCCUGCUAGUCCUACGGAAUCCCCCGAUUCUCAGCAAGACCAGGACAAGAAACCUUACAAAUGCAACAUUUGCAAGGUAGCUUAUUCUCAAGGCAGUACUUUGGACAUUCACAUGAGAAGCGUUCUGCACCAAACGAGGGCCAGUAAAUUGCCAGAUCUCGCUGCCAGCGGUCAGUUGGAUCUUGCACGUCCAUUGAUCGAACAGCCUCCGCCAAGCAGCCCAAAUAGUCCACCGGUUAACACCAGCACCUCUGGAAACAGCGGAACAAUGUUGUCAUGUCCUCGAUGCAGUGCUCUUUUUGUCAAUCAGGAGCAGCUUGCCACUCACCAACAGCUCUACUGCAUAUUUAGCAAUCCAUUGGCGUUGUUUCAACAACUAGCGGCAUCUCAACAGCUCGCAUCAUCCACACCAGCGAAAACUCCACCUCCUUCAUCUACAACACCUGGUCCACAACAACACAUGCAGCAGAGUACACAUUCUUCGCAAACAACCCAAGAUAUUUUGUCCCAGCCACGUCACAAGACGUCGCAAAUGUACAAGCAUCUUCUGGAAAGUUUCGGUUUCGAUCUGGUGAUGCAGUUCAACGAAAACCACCAAAGACGUCAGCGUAAAGAAGAAGAGGCUGCUGCGGCGCUCCAAGCUCAGCAAGAGCAACAGAAGCAGGAGCAACAGAAACAGGCACUAGCUGCUCAAGCUGCCCGCGAAAGAGAGGAAGAAGCUGAAGAACACACUGACGAUGACGUUAUACCAGAACUGACUAGAAGCACCUGUCAGCAUUGCAACAAGGAAUUUAGUAGCGUUUGGGUGUUGAAAGCUCAUUGCGAAGAAGUACACCGUGAUCUGGUGCCGCGCGAAUUCUUAGAGAAAUAUGCUCAGCAAUUUAAAUGUGAAUACGAGAAGAAGAGCGUUGUAGUGACUGUUGCAACGUCUUCGUCUACGUCGUCCGGACCUAGAAGCUCGACACCAGCUUCUAGCCAGCCGCAAGAUCUCUCCUCGGAUAAAGAACAACGUGAAAAAGAGAAAGAGGAGGUUAAUGAGAACAAAGAUCGUGUCAGUAAGACUCCAGAGGCUACUUCUACUACUCCAGCAACGACUCCAGCAUUAAGCAACACGCCAGUAUCGAGCACAGAUUCUACGACUCUAACUGUACUGCCGACCAAUCCUCAGCACCAUAUUCAACAACAACAACAGCAACAACAACAACAACAACAGCAGCAGCAGCAGCAGCAGCAACAACAACAACAGCAUGCACAGUUGACCCUUGCGCAACAGAUGACUGAAAUGCAAGCUGCUUUAAACGCAAUGGCUGCGUCUCAACUGCAGCAGCAUUUCCAACAGUAUCCUGGACUGGUGAUGGGUAUGAUGGGUUUACCGCUUGGAAUACCUGCUUUGGCCGCUAUGAAUUUACAACCGCCUUUGGUACCGAUGAUGCUACCACCACCGCCGUACGAUGGAACGGCUACCGGAUAUCCGCCCAUCAAUGCUCAAGCUGACCUCUUGACCAAGCAACAUCUCGCCCUGCAACAACAGCAAGUAGCAGCCGCAAACGCGGCUGCCUCGCAGAAACGAGCGCGAACGCGCAUAACCGACGAACAGCUAAAGAUAUUACGAGCACAUUUCGACAUCAACAAUUCUCCCGGCGAGGAGCAGAUUCUAGAUAUGGCGGCUCAAAGCGGGUUACCGCCGAAAGUGAUCAAACACUGGUUCAGGAACACGUUGUUCAAAGAGCGGCAACGUAACAAGGACAGCCCGUACAACUUCAACAAUCCGCCUAGCACUACUCUGAAUCUCGAAGAAUAUGAAAAAACUGGAGAGGCAAAAGUGACACCGCUGAACUCUAGCGUAUCUGGAAGCAGUUCCUCGGAUGACAAAAGUCCAAACAAACAAGCAACACCGCCACCGUCAACCACGAACGUGAAUACAUCUCAGGCCAGUGAAAUAAAACAAGAGAUUCAAGAACAGCCGCAGUGUCACGUGCAGCAACAAUCGCAGCAUCAAGAAGAACAGCAGCAUCAUUCCCCUGGAAGCUCCGGUGGACAGCAGUCGAGACCGCAUUCACCGGCGCUCAGCAUGAGCUCGGUCUUCUCUGGAAUUCAUCAAGAUGUGUCAUCGCACGCUUCAUCGACAACCAACGCACCGAGCACUCCUAUGCUCCCGCCAAAGUUGACACCACAAAACUUUACCAGCCCCAAUCCCGGAGCUGGCAGCGUCGUUCCAGGCGCCAUUGCGGCCAUGGCUCUAACGCCCCAGAGAUCCCUGAGCCCUGGCCGUGGACCAACCGACUACUCCUUCGGUGGAAACACCAAUGGCAACAACUCGUCGGGUGGCAGCUCCGGGAAACGAGCUAACAGGACAAGAUUCACCGACUACCAGAUCAAAGUACUUCAGGAGUUCUUCGAAAACAACGCGUACCCAAAGGACGACGAUCUGGAGUAUCUGAGCAAGCUGCUUGGACUGAGCCCGCGCGUGAUCGUGGUAUGGUUCCAGAACGCUAGACAGAAAGCACGAAAAGUGUACGAGAAUCAGCCAGCCGCUGAGCCAGUGACAACGGGCAGCCGCGAGGGCGACGACGGUUCAGGCCGCUUCCAGCGGACCCCAGGCUUGAAUUACCAAUGCAAGAAGUGUUUGCUGGUGUUUCAGAGAUACUACGAGCUCAUACGUCAUCAGAAGACGCACUGCUUCAAGGAGGAGGACGCGAAGAGGAGCGCCCAAGCGCAGGCGGCCGCGGCCCAAGUUGCCGCGGUUCUCAGUUCCGAAGAUAGCAACAGCAGUUCCACCACCACCACUGCUAACGCCGUCUCCAGCAACCCAACGAACACUCCCGCUCUCGCGGAACAGUUGCAGCAACCAUUGAACACCACUACGCCUCCCCACCAUCAACAGCAGACAACAAUGGGACAGUCGCAUCAACAGCCUCAGCAACAGUCGCAGCAGCAGCAGCAGCAGCAGCAGCAGCAACAACAACAACCUCAACAACCAUUGCAGCAACAACAGUCGCAGUCGCAAACCGAGUCGAAGGAAGGUAGCUUUCAAUGCGACAAGUGUAAUUUGAUGUUCGGACGAUUCGAACUGUGGCGCGAACAUCAGCUGGUACAUAUCAUGAACCCAUCCCUUUUCCCACCGGCUUAUCCACCUGACUCACCUUUCGGGAUUCUACAGCAACAAGCAAUGAAUGCAGGGGUAGUCAUGGAUAGUCCUCAUCCUUUAAUCGCUAUGAUGCAGGACAGAAAGAGAAAGUACGAUGAUUUCGACGAAGGAACAGGAGGUGACAGCCGGUCGAACUCCGAGCACAACGAGCAGCCGAAAGACAAGCGAUUGAGAACGACGAUACUGCCCGAGCAGCUGGAUUACUUGUACCAGAAGUACCAAGUCGAGUCGAAUCCAUCGAGAAAGAUGUUAGAAACCAUCGCUCGCGAGGUCGGUCUGAAAAAACGUGUUGUUCAAGUGUGGUUCCAAAAUACACGUGCUAGAGAACGGAAAGGCCAGUUCCGCGCGCACAGCCAGGUGAUCAACAAGCGUUGUCCGUUCUGUCCAGCGCUGUUCAAAGUGAAAUCGGCGUUAGAAUCCCAUCUCAGCAGCAAACACGCCGAUCAAGUCGCGCGCGGCGAAGUAAAUAUCGAUAAUAUCCCCGACGAAGAACUAUCGAUGGAGUCGGCUCCUUCGAAUCCGAGCACGCCGAAUAUGAUGCCUCCUCUGUUUCCACCUUUCAACACCGACAUGGAGGCAUCCUUGAAGAAGUAUUACGAGGAGUCGAUGAAACGAUAUAUCAGUGAGCUGCAGGCACACGCCAGCAACGGUAAACAAGAAAGCGCAAACCAUCAGGCAGGCGGUAACAGCGGUGAAUCUCCUUUGGAUCUGAGCAAACCGGUAGACCUGAGUCGCCCGAUGAAACUGAGUCUCGGUGGACUGAGUAAUCUUCUCGAAGAGCAACACGGCGCACAUUUUCGCGGUGGUAGCGAUUGCGGUCCAUUGACCGACCUUUCCGAAAGAAGUAUCUGCGACGACGACAGCAUGAGCGAGACUACGGAAUUCCUAGACGACGAGAGUGGACCGGCGAGUCCAGCCUCGAGCACACAGAGCUCCAGACAGGGACCCGCUUCGGCUGCGCCCGGAAGUACCGCGGGCCCGCCGGUUACCGGCACCGGCAGCGGAACAGGCCAGUCCAGCGGCAAGAGAUACCGCACUCAAAUGUCCGCUACCCAGGUGAAAGUGAUGAAGUCGCUGUUCUCGGACUACAAGACGCCUACGAUGGCCGAAUGCGAGAUGCUCGGGCGCGAGAUCGGACUGCCGAAGCGCGUGGUUCAGGUGUGGUUCCAGAACGCCCGCGCGAAAGAAAAGAAAGCUAGACUGGCGGCAGGUUUGCCAGCCGAAGGAUCGGCCGUCCAACCUCAUCGCGGUCCGACCGGGCCCGACGAAUGUAGGCUUUGCUCUGUUCGGUACUCGCCCAAGUCGCCGCUCCAGGAGCACGUAUUCUCACGGCGACACAUCGAAUCGGUGCGUGUCGCCGUCGAGGAAGGUAGCCUCGUGCCGCCAACACCCGGCGCACCGAUCGUUCCUGGUGGCAACAGUGGCGCAGCAGGAAUCGGUAGCUCGCCGGUGGUCGGGCCUGGUAACCAGCAAGCCGGCCAGCAGCAGCAAUCCGACGAAAACAUGAUGUACGGAUCCUUGUUCCUCCAUCCUACGGCGAUGUUCCAGCCACAGCAACAGCAACAUCCGGGCACCGCAGCGGCUAGCGCGGCUACCACCACGGCCGUAGCGGCUCCAGGUUUGAGCGGCAGCAUGCACAGCAGUGGGCUAAUGUCGUUGCACGUGGAAGGGGGCACCCAGGUCCAGGUGCCGCGCUCUUUGAUGCAAGCAUUCCUGCAGCAAGACCCGAACCAUCCAGGCCUGGAAACGGUGCGAUUGCCGACGCCUCCGUGCGGCUCCGAUGAGAACGGGCCGCCACAGCACUGUCGCGAAGUCGAGACGGAACUGUGCCUGGUCUGUCGCCGAUGCGGCCGAGCUUAUCCGCAAGAAUCGACGCUGCUCGCUCACCAACGCUCCUGCUAUCUCGGCAAUCAACAGCGUCGCGGUGCGUUGCGCCUCGUUCAAUCUCGUUACGCCUGUUCUCUGUGCGAUGGAAACACCCCGACGAGAACCUACACGACUGUCACCGAAUGGCGGCGUCACGCUGAAACGUUGCAGCAUCGAGCUCGCCUCGAAGCGAACCAAGAACGCCAACAACAGCAACAACAGUUUGGUAACAUCGGCGCGGAAUCUGUGGGACAGUGUGGCGAGGAAGUGCAUCCGCUCACGGACGAGAUGGAGGAUGUGGUGAAUCAAAUCACCCUGUUGGCUGCUCGCGCGGCCGCUGAGAGCACCACGGGCCAGCCGCAGGCUAACGAGAGGGCGAACCAGGACAACAAUAACGCUCCCGACGUCAAGAGGCAGAAACUGGUCCAAGAGGUUGCUGCUUUGGCUGGCGCGCGUUAAACGGAGCGUGUCACGUGCGAAAGAAGCGAAUAACAAAGACAGCGGAGAAGAAUCGUCAGGCAGAGGUGUUACGACGGGACGAGCCAUCGAACGUUCGCGAAUCGUCUGGUUCGCAGGCUGACGAUUUCUUCGGGAGGGGAAAAGGAAGAGGAGAACGAGGACGAAGGAAGAAAACGGAGCUGGGAGAGAGUGUUCGAUGGGUGCUCCUCUUCGACGGGGUACUCGAUAACGAAAGCAAACAACGUUCCUAACUGGCUAAAUAAAGGGGAGGGGGUUCCAACCUAGGCAGGAACUGUCGGUGAGGGGGGGAGGGGCUUUUUCUUCCGCUCCGGGCACCGGGGAAUCCCCGGCUCCAGAUACUCGCGCGUGGACGGUGGACCAAUCAACGAGGAUGCCGCGUAAUGGACCUCUCUCUUUAUUCUCGUUUUCAUUUCGGGCCGCGCACGGGCCACUGUCGCGCGCGCAAUCACCAAUUUAACUAAUAUUUUUGUUACAAUAUAUGUACACACAUAGCGUGCCACCAAAGCAGCGCGCUCACCAAAGUUCCUUCGAUAGAAAGAAUGAAGAAUGUUUCGGAGUUUUGACGGACACACGUAACGGGACGAGUGAAAACAGAGAAACGAACGACCAAAAGGAUUAUCGGUUUGUUGUUUGAUAAUUGAGAGAGACGUUUGCACGAGUCGAGAAACGAGCGAUUUUCUCGACGGAUCGUCGUUCUUUUCUUUUCUUUUUUGUGUCACUUUUCUUUUCUUUUCGCGAAGCGACAUCCGUGUCUCUAUCCGUGCGUUGACUGUGUACGCAUCGGUCGCUUCGUAAGUAGGAUUUUGGGGAUGGAAACGGCGGCGCGGAAACCGCGACGCGACGAAGAAGCACGCGGAGGAGAAUAAAUACGUGGGGGAGAGGAAAAGAAUGAGCGUCGACGACGCCGGGAAGACGCGUCGAGGUGGGCUGAUUUAAACGUUCCUAUGUAAAGUAAUAAUAAAGAUUUAAUGAAACAAAAGAAAAAAAAAGUUACUAAAACAAGCGGACAGACAUUAAGGACGCGGCGUAGUAGGAUAGAUGGCGCGGCGUUCGCGAAACUAAUAGCGUCGCGCUCGUUGCGAAUACAUACGUACAUAUUCAUCUCUAAGAAAUGAAAAAAAAAAAAAAUGAAUCUUCACUCUCUGUCUCUCUCUUUCUCUUUUUACGUGCGUGUGUAUGGGUGGUACUGCGUAAGUAGCGUGUGUCAAGGAGGAUGCGAGAAUCGGAUGAAGCGUUGUUCACACCGACGAUGACCACGAAAAAGGACGAAAGCCUUUCCUUUCAAAAGACACGAAACGGAAGGGAAUGGCGAGAAGAAAGGAAGAUCACCGCGUGUUCCUCUUUUCUUUUUUAAUCGGCAAAAGGUGAACGCGCGAAAGUACGUACAGAGGCCAGAGAGGUUCACGUGUCGGAGGACGAUCGGACGACCUUUUGAGGAAAUCGGUGGCUGGAAGGAUUUUUUCUUCGAAAAGAAAAAAAAAAAAGAAAAAAAAGAUGGAGAGAGAACCCACGCGCACACGUGCACACUCACACGCACUCACUCGUGACACGUAUACACGUGCAUACACGCAUACACAAGCCUAGUAAUAUCCAUUCUAUAGUUUCGAGAAACACCCACAGGGCACGGUAACCCCGCGGCUGGGAGGGGUUCUUUUUAAGUACGAUAAAACGCGUAAUGAACGUCGCUACCGGCGCGCGAAUUUUAAAACGUGAGUUCCGUUCAUUUUUCUCUGGCCGUGAGAGCAAAAUGCUCGUAAGGAGAAACGUCGAAUGGAAAGAGGAGUAAAGUUUCGUGGGAGAGAAACGAGAACGACGACGCGAAACGAAACGAAACGAAACGGGGAAGAAGCAAAAAGAAGAAAUGGGAAGGAAAACGCGAGAGGGCAAGUUGCCCCGGUGCCCGUCGCGAUACGGUUCGCGUUCACGAACAAGCAAAGACACAGCAACAUGGUUCCUAUAUUUAAUAAAUUAUAUUUAAUAACGCUAAAAAAAAAACCUAACGAUUAAUGAUUAAUAUUAAUGAUAAUAAUAAACAUAGUAAUAAUAAUGAUAGUAAUAAUGGUAAAUAGUUAUAGCUAACGAUAGCUGUAAUUGAUUAUCGCUAGUUAAUCGGUCGACGAUACGAUAGCAAAUCGGUCAGCCGCGCCGGAGACCGCGAUCGAGCGCAGUGCUGUUCAAGGCGUGAACAUUUUCGGUUCUUUCUCACUGGAAAGCCGGAAACGGUGGAUUGCGCGGCGCGUGUGAUGCUUUCGGGGUCGACCGAAGGAAAGCGCGAAGUUCACGUACGCGCAAACCGGGUCUCCGUGGUUACGAGAGAGAAAAAGAAAAGAGAAUUAAACGCAGUUGAAUCGGAUGAACACGGCAUAGCACUGGACACGAUGGAAGAAAAAGAGAGAAAAAAAAAUGAAAGAAAGAAAGACAUAAAUAAAAGUCACCUCUCGAUCGACGGACACGGGGUUUUUGUAAAGGUCUGCUCGGGAACGACAAGGAAUCCACUAUUAGCUCGUAAGUUAACGGUUAAUUACAAUUAAACUGUAGACUUUAAGGGGAAUAUGGGAGGAUAUGCAUCGGUAGACGACACACGAGACACACUCAUGCAUAGGUAUAUAUAUAUAUAUAUAAAAAAAAGGUAUAUAUAUAUAAAUAAAUGAAUAAAAUGGAUGAACAAAAAGUAUAUAUAUAUUUAUGUAGAAAAUUAUAUAAAUAUAUAUAUAUAUUAUAUAUAAAUAUAUGAUGUUGUAACGUACUAGAAUCCUCGCGGGUAAUAUCCGAAACGGCCACGUGUAUACGCGCGUACGUACGUCGUGUUUCUCGCGUUUUGUUUAAUUUUUUAAACACGCUUUCGCGCCGAAAUCGAAUACACACUGACACACACACUGACACAGACACACACACACUGGCACAGACACACACACACACUGACACACACACUGACACACACAUACACAUACACAUACAUGUACACAAAACAGGAAAAAAGUAAGCGAAUUAUCAAAAAGCCUGAAAACUAUCUGGGAAAAUAGUGAAUUGGGGAUAUCGCGAAUGUGGAAAGAAAGCGGGGGUUGUGCCACCGUAUGUGCAAGGGAGAAUGUGAAAAGAACCUGUUAAGGAUCGCGCUCCGAAUCUUAACCUCAAAAGCGAAAAAAAUUAAAAACCGAGGAGUUAAAACGAAGGUAAAGAGCGUACGACGAAGUAAGAAGAAAACGAAUAUAUAUAUAUAUAUACAUAUAUAUAUAUAUAUGUAGUAUAAAGAGGGUACUACCCGGCUACGUGGAAAGUAAAUUAGGAAGAAGAGAGAGGGGUUGAAGGGGAUGUUUAAGGGGAUGAAAGGCGGGCGCAAAACGCGUACUGGUCGUUAGACGUCGAACGAGACGCAAAGUAAUAACUAUUUGUAAGGUAACUAAGCAACUCGAGGUUCCUGUCUGCAAAAGAUGCUUUUUCUAAUGUAAACGUUGAUAACGACGAUUAUUAAUAUUAUAUUUGAUUAUUACCGACUAUUAUUAUUAUUAUGAUUAUUAUUAUGAUUAUUAUUAUUAUUAUUAUUAUUAUAGAUUUACUAUAUUAUAUUUAGAUAUAUGUGGCCAUGUAUUUAUUAUUAUCUAUGUAAAAAGUUAUAGCGUUGGGCUAAAACUGAAACGAAUGGACACACGGUAACACGCACACACGACACACAUACGACACCUGUUUAGCGACACUGUACACACACGUUUAUAUACACGUAUUUAUACACGCAAAGAGAGACACGUGUAAUUAUUGAGAAAAAAGAAAAUUCACACGUACAUAUAAACACAUAUACGUAUACACAUAUGAAAAUCGAAAUUCCCAAUUGAUCGCGUUGCUCCGCGACGAUUCCCUUUUUAGUUAAAUCGUAACACGGAGCAUCCAAAACGAAUGGAGAAAAGGAAAGAGAAAUGUUCGUAACCGAUACCUCGCAAAAUAGGACAAUUGUUACUAUCCGGUGAUCACGGGCUAAUUAAAGAUCUGCGUAGAUGUUAAUCUGUAGAUUACGAAGUAGCGAGCCCCCUCUUAUUUGAAAUCGUGGCUUUCACCACGUUUCGUCGAUCUCGAACGCUCUCAUCAAGCCUGUAUAUUGCAAACGACCUAACCGAACGACUAUACAUACACACGAUAUAUCACUAAUCUUAGCAGACGAGACGCGAGACCUUGGAAAAAGGGCGAAACGCGUCCCCUUUUAUCGCGCGUACAUUCUAACGAAAGAGAAUAAGAAAGCGAAAGAGGAUGAAAGCAGAAACGAGGAAAAGAGGAAAAAUAACGGUAUGCACUUUGGCGCACAAAAGAAUCAACAUCGUGUUCCUUUUAAUUGUAUACAUACACAUAUGUAUAGACGCGUAUACAUGUAUACACGGAAUAUUUAAUUUUUCUAAUCGAUUCGCGGCUAAUAGACACGCAGGAGAUUUGCACGAGACGAAUCGACGAACGCGCAACUUGUUUCGAAAAAAAAAAGAAAAAAAAACAUGUACAUCGAACAUAUAUUCACACUGUCUACACGUACGCAUAUAUAAUACACACACAUAUGAACAUGUAGACGUAAUACACACGAAACAUGCGUAUAUACGUGGACACCACACAUCGAGAAUUGAAGCGAAUCGAAAACAUCGAGAAUGGUCUCGAAUCGAUAUAACGUAUAUCGCAUAUACGCGCGUGAAUUCUCAAAACGCGGCAACGUACGUGCGCGUGUACGCAAAACUGGGUUUUGGCGUUUUGAGUUUCGAGUACGGGAGAUUGCGUGAUAGAGUAACCGAACCUCGCUACUAGCUGUUCCUAAAAUCAACAAUGAUGAAUGAGUGAUAAGCGUGCGCGGAUUAAUUUAAGGAGUGAACUAUAAGAGAUGCAAUUGAGUAUGCGGAAACUAUUAUUACGUUGCGAGAAAUUUUCACCGCCCCAUCGCCGCCCGUCACCUUCCGGUUUCUCUCGUCGAUCGUGCGACAUUUCCUCGCGAGAUCACGCGACCCAAGAACGUUCGACGACGAUAUGUCCUUUCGAUUCCACGAUCGAUUUUUCUAUCCACGGCCUGCUAUAAUCGUCGACGAAGCUCGUACGAAUAGAUGCGGCUGCAAAACCGAAGCCAUUGCUUAUAAGAAAAGAGAAAAAAGAGGAAAAAAGAAGAUAUAAGGCGAUCAGUGAAAGAGAAACUAUUCGGAUGAUCAGUUACACGUAUUUACAGGGUCACACGGUCGAUUUUUAAGAAGAUUGAUCGUGGAAUGGGAACGACGUUAAGAUCGAUUCGUUAAAAAAAAAAAGGAAAAAAAAUAGGAAAGACGAAAAUCGAAACGUUGUUGAUCGAAAGAAUCGCGGUUUCCUUUUUCUUCUUUAUCGGAGAGCACAGAAAAUGGACACAACAACGCAAGUGGCAAAACGAUACGUCGUGUAAGAUUCGACGAGAAAAAGAGCGGCCGGCGGCGAGGAAGUUUUUCAGUUUUCUAUAACUGUCGUUGAGUUUGUAUGAAAUAUGUUGAAUACGACUAUACUUACUGGUAUAACCCUAUUGGUUAUUUCUAUUGCUAUUGCGAUUAUUAUCUAUUAUUAUUAUUAUUAUUAUUAUUAUUAUUAUUAUUAUUAUUAUUAUUAUUAUUAUUAUUAUUAUUAUUAUUAUUAUUAAUGCAAUGAUUGAAAGGGCGUUUAUUAUUAUUAUUAUUAUAAUUAUUAUUGCAUUAUGAAUAUUAUUAUUAAUAUUGUCACUAUUAUCGUGGUUCACAUUUAUCGCCGAUUGAAUAUUUUGUGAAUUUGUUCCGAGCUACAUUUUCAUUGACUAUUAAUUAAUAACGGAUACUAAUUGAUAACGAUAGCGAUUAAUUCUUGUGAGAGAUUGCCAUGUGUAUAUCUUAUAUGUACUCACUUACGGGGCCCGUGGCCCUCCGAUGGGGCCGGAAGAGGCCGUGCAACCAGCGUGGCCGCGCGGUCAACCCCGUAAACGCCGGCUCAAGGACCCCGACGAUGUUGGCGCCGCGCGCGAUCCGUUCCUCUGCGUGCGAGAGCAAUUUUUUUUCAAGAGCGAUCGUGGUCUGUGUCUGUCGCAAGGUACUCGAUCGCCAUACUUAUAAAAAAAAAAAAAAUAACGUUUCUCUCCUCGCGCCUCGCGCCUCGCCCCUUUUUUUGUAAAACUCGCGGAGACGCGGGGAGACCCACUUGACGAGAAACGGUAAAAAGAAAAAAAAAAGGAAACGAUACCGACGGCUUCGAUCGAAUACAAACCAGGAUAAACGAGAAAAAUACGACAAGAGAGCAAGCAAAAAAAAAAAGGUGGAGGUAAAGGAGAGAAAAACGAUAACCGGAGAGAGAAAAAUGUGGAAGGGCGCGCGAGCAUGCAAACAGACAUGCGUUUCUCGUACUUGCUGACGAAGAUGCGCAAGGGAGACGUACCGGGUGUCGUUGUUCUUUAAUCAUUUGGCAAUCGUUCGCGACUUUCGAACGAAGUUUUCAAGCAAGGAUUUAUUUUUCUUCGUUGUAGAGUUCGCAUUCCUUCUGUGAUGCCUGUCACGUUCGAUCGCGCGACAAUUUUCAUGUUCCUACCAAAUCGACCUCGCCCGAUAUCUUUCGCGUCGCGUAUCAGUGACCAUCACCCUUCGUUAAUCUCCGAUUAAUCGUCGAUCGAUUAACUUGAAAUAGAAAAACCGCGUAAACUCGGGAAUCACGAUGGAACGAUAAGAAACGGAGGCAAAACGCGGCCGAGAGAGAUAGAGACAUCGCGUACGUUCUUUCUUGUUCAUCUCGUCCACCCACGCUCGCCCUUGUGUACAAAUAUAUAUUUAUGGUGCCAUAUGUGUUAUGCGCGCGCGAACAAGAUCCCGUGUUCGCGCACGCAUCUAGAUUUUAUAAUAGAGAAAAGAAAAUGAUGAAAAAAAAAAAGAGAGAGAAUAAAAGGAAUAAGAGUUGAGCGAGCGAGAGAGAAAAUGCGACAUGCAAGCGCGAAAACGUAUCGACAUACGAGCACACAUAUACAUACACGAGCACAUGACAAUUCAUACUUACAUGUAUACACGCGUUACAUGUACACAUACACGUACACAUACAUACACGCACGCGUGCACACACACACACACGUACAUACAUGCAUACACAUAUUAUAUACAUACAUGAAUACAUACAUACAUACAUACAUACGUACAUACAUACAUACGUGCAUACAUACACACACACGUGCCAUGCAAGAUGGCUGUACCUGUAUACGUAUAUAAAUAUACGCGAGCAUACAGUGAUGCACAUAUUUACGUGCGCUAUUCCUAUAAAGAGUAAUUGAAGGGAGAGAACAAAAAGAAAAAAAAAAUAGGAAUUUAAGAGUGAGGCGAGGGAGAUCUGCGAUCUGGCACCAACAUCGUACGGCAAAAUGGGUGCGGUGCAAUCAUGUUCCUAUUAGGUUUCAUAUCUAAGCGAGUAAUUAAUUAUACCACUAAAUAUAAAUGAUGAAGAAGGAUAUAAUGAUAUUAUAUAUAUAUUAUUGG